UCAGCGCUGUGAGACAACGAAAUGGAAAAAUGUUAUACCGAUUUCAACCUUCGGCGAAUCAAGAUGUUACCCAAUGGAUGGACUUCCAAGCCUUUGCUGCUGCUCCUGCUCAUUUCCAGUGCCUGCCUUAUCCAGGAAUCCGUGGCAGCUAGUUUCUGCACCAAGGCAGAUCAGUGUGCUCUGGAUGAGGAGCUCAAGACAGUGGCAGAUUCGGCACAAGCACGCUACGAUCACACCCGCAUCUACCAAGUGGAACUGGCCAGUGAGGAGCACGUGCGCAUCUUUCAGGCUCUCGAGCAGGCCAGUGACUCCUGCUCCUUCAUGGGUCAUGCCCGACAGCCGGGUCAAAAGCUUACCAUUAUGGUAACUGGUGCCAAGGUGGCUGACUUCGAUGACCUGGUGCACAGUUACAAUGUGACACACCGGGUGCUGAAUCACAAUUUCCAGACCCUGAUCGAUGCCAACUAUCGCGACGUGGCCCCCGAAGAUACCAAGCCCGAGGAGUUCGACUGGAAACGCUAUCAUCCGUUGGCGAGUAUCAAUGCCUGGCUGAGGCAUCUAGCGGAAACGCAUCCCGCAGUGCAUUUGGUGGAUUUGGGCAGCAGCGCCCAGGGAAGAUCCAUUCUGGGCGUGAAGAUCGCCUUUGACAACGAGAAUCGAACCACUGUCUUCGUGGAGAGUGGCAUCCAUGCACGCGAAUGGAUUGCGCCGGCCACGGCUACCUAUAUCAUCGACCAGCUGGUGAACUCCAAGGAUGCAGCUGUCCAGGCACUGGCUCGCUCCCAAAACUGGUACAUUUUCCCCACCGUUAAUCCGGAUGGAUAUCUGUAUACCUUCAACGGCGAUCGCAUGUGGCGCAAGAAUCGUGCUCUCUUUGGCAUUUGCCGUGGCGUGGAUCUCAACCGGAACUUUCCAUUUCACUGGAACGUCACCGGAGCUAGCGGAGAUCCCUGUCGCUAUGAUUACUCUGGACCAUCGGCGGCCAGUGAGGUGGAAACCAAAUCGAUGAUCGAGUUUAUACAGCAACGCGUUGUCAGUGAGCGCAUACGUACAUUUUUGGCGCUGCACAGCUACUCGCAGAUGAUCAUGUUUCCCUACGGACACAGUGCCGAACGUGUGGACAACUAUCAGGAUCUGACGGAGAUUGGUCAGCUGGCCGCGCAGAAGAUCAAGGAUGUGAGCGGCAGAAUCUACAAGAGUGGCAGUAUCUACGAGACCAUCUAUCCCUCGGCAGGUGGCUCCAAGGAUUGGGCGCAUGGCCAGCUCGGGAUACCGAUUACCUUCUCGUACGAGCUGCGUGGACCAGCGGACAGCGAGGAUCUGUUCAUUUUGUCCGCCAAGGAGAUCGAAGCCACCGCUGGCGAAGCCUUUGCCUCCAUCCAAACGAUCGUGCUGGAGGCAGGCAAACGUGGCUAUUACCAAUGAGAGCUAGCUGCAGCUUCAACUGAAAUACCAACAUCAACUAGAAAUCCGAAUACAAAUCCUAAUACGAAUCCGAAUCCAUGCAGCACCACCAUCUGAUGGGGAUGAUGAUGAUGAUGAUAAAUGUCGUCUGGCCUGGCAGUUCACAUGAAAAACACAUUACGCGCCAUCGUUUCUUAAUGCUAAAUAAUGAUGGCAAAAUCAUGACACAAAACCUCAUAAUAAUGUUGGUAAAUCAAAGCAAAUAUAGUCAGACUCGAACAACCUUA